AAAAAAUAAAUAGAAUUUCGUCAAACUCCCAUCUCUUGUGGAGUUGUGGUCGUCUUCCUGCCUUCUUCUCCUCUUCCUCCUCCUUGCCCAGCUCCAUUCCUGAAUCACCACCCAAAUCUACUAGUAGAACACCACCUUUUUCGUGCUCUUCGAUUCUUUAAACCCCCAAUCCGAAGUGCCCGGGGGCGGGGGGAGAUUUCGCGGAGCCGGCUCCGGAGCAGCUCGUGAUUCUUUUCCUGCCAUUUUCCCGCAAUAUUGUCGACGUCAGCCGCCUAGAUCGCGAAGUUGAGCCGUUUUCGUGGGCAGAGUUCUCAGGAUAGCGUCCUCUUCGGUCGUACUGCAAGUUGGGGUCCCAAAUCUGUUGUUGGAGUCUAGCAGCCAUUUGGAGUUAUACCCCGAUAAAUUCGGUCCGGGGAUUGGAGCUCGUUGAUUAGGGCGGAGGGCCAUGGCGCUGUUCCGGAAGUUCUUCUUCAAGAAGCCGCCCGACGGAGUACUCCUCAUCACGGACAAUAUAUACGUGUUUGACCAUUGCUUCUCCAAGGACAUGCCGGAAGAGGACCAGUUCAAGGCACACGUCAGAGGCAUUGCAGCACAUCUUCUAGAAGAUUUCCAUGAUCACUCAUUCAUGGUCUCGAAUUUUGGGACUCGAACGGAAGAAAGCAAUAUCUACCACAUUUUGUCCGAGUAUGGUAUGACUGUUUUGGACUACCCAGGCCACUAUGAGGGAUGUCCACUUCUGACCAUGGAAAUGGUCCAUUGCAUCUUGAAGUCCAGCGAAAGCUGGCUUUCUCUGGGUCAGCAUAACUUACUGAUAAUGCACUGUGAACAAGGAUGCUGGCCAAUUCUGGCUUUCAUGUUAGCUGCUCUCUUAUUAUACCUGGGGCAUUAUUCAGAUGAGCACAAAACACUGGAUAUGCUCUACAAACAAUCAUCUUUAGAGCACUUGGAGAUGUUUUCACCUCUAAAUCCCAUGCCUUCUCAAAUGAGGUACUUGCGGUAUAUAUCGAUGAGGAAUGUCAUGCCUGAGUGGCCUCCAGCCGAUAGAGCCCUUACAUUGGAUUGUCUGAUUUUGCGGAUGGUUCCAGAUUUCCACGGUCAAGGUGGUUUCUGUCCAAUAUUCAGGAUAUAUGGCCCAGAUCCACUCAUGCCCCAUGAUCAAACUCCUAAAGUUCUUUUUUCAACUCCUAAAAUUAGCAACCUUGUCCGUUUUAAUUCACAGGCAGAUGAACUGGUGAAAAUAAACCUUCAAUGUCAUGUCCAAGGUGAUGUGGUCCUAGAGUGUAUCAACUUGUAUGAAGAUCUGGAUCGUGAGGAGAUGGUAUUCCGGAUCAUGUUCAACACGGCUUUCAUCAGGUCUAACAUCUUGAUGCUUAAUCGUGAUGAAAUAGACAUGUUAUGGAAUGCAAAAGAUCAAUUCCCUAAAGAUUUUCGAGCCGAGGUUAUAUUUUCUGACAUGGAUGCAACUACUUCGCUUGUUACGACAGUUCCCGUAACUCAUCAAGAGAAACAAGGACUUGGUAUGGAAGAGUUUGCUAAAGUGCUAGAUAUCUUUAACCAUUUGGACUGGUUGGAUGGUGAGAUGGAUACUGCACUUGACUCACCCCAGGAAAGGAUCCCAGCCACUUCCCAGGGAAAUGCUGAUUCGUCUCCUAGUGACGAGCCUGAGACUGAGACUUUCUUUGAUACUCAAGAAGAACUUGGCUUUGACAAGUUAUCUGGUGAAAUCAACAUUUCUGCUCGUGUGCUGAAGCUUCAAAAUCACUUUGGUAUGCUUGGCAGCACUGAACUUAAACAAGGUCCCCGACGUUCUAGUCCUAAGGAAGUUCCAUCCAAACCACAGGCAGUAGCUCUAGCUCCUUCGCGAACAGAGCCUCUUUCCGUGCUGUUGUCAUCAUCUAAGGUCAAGAGACCAAAGGUUAGCGCUUCAUCAGUGACACCAUCUUCAAGUACAGUUAUUGCUCAACCAGAAUCUUCACCAGUUCAGCUGCUACCACCGGCAUCUAAUUCUGCAGCGCAAAUCUCAUCAGAGACAUCCACACCAACAACCACUGAGAAGUCAUGUUCACAAACUCCAGUACAGCAAGAACAUUCACCUAUUAUGGUAAAUAAAUCAGGAUCAACAGCAUCCCUUGUACAUUUGGGCAUGCCUCCUCCUCUUCCUCCUCGACCACCCACCGUUUCAUUAGCCCCUGUUUCCUCUACUUUACCCAUAAAUACUAGUACAAACAUGAUCAGUGUUUCCCUUAGAUCAACCAUGCCCUCCUCUUCACCUCCUCCAGAGCCAUCAGUCUCUCCACAAGUUUUUCCAGGAACUGAGGAACUGGUCAAUUUACUUUCUGAUAGUUCUACAGCUUUCAAUGUCACCAAAUUGUCAGCAGCUUCUUCAAUAUCUGUGGUAGAGGAAUCUAGCAAUACAAGAGCAUCUGUACCAAUGGCUUUGCCUGCAAUUCCUCGGACUUCAGACUCAAGGCCCUUUGUAACUACAGUCGCAAGAACAGAUCCUACUCCAGUGCCAGUGGCGCCGCCGCCGCCACCACCUCCACCUCCACCUCCUCUAAAAGCAGCUACCGUGUUGUUACCUUUAUCACAUGGUGAACCAGUGACAAACAAGAAAGGCAACUUUGCACCACCUCGGCCUCCACCACCUCCACCGCCACUGCCACCAGCACCAUCUUCUACUACGUAUGAAAUUUCUCCCCCUCCAAAGAAAGCCCGGUCGCCACCUCCACCGCCCCCGCCCCCCUCAUUGGUAAAUCAAUCGGUUUAUCCUCCACCACCACCACCUCCACCUCCUCCACUACUUAAGAGCCCUAUAGUUUCAUCAUCUCAACCGCAGUUUGCUGACAAAAAGGUCAGUACAGCAUCUAAAUAUGUAGUUCCCUCACCUUUGACCCCCAACUUUUUACAAGCAGUUCCAGGGCUGCAAACACCUCCCAUUCCACCGCCACCUCCUCCUCCUUCUCGAACUAGCUCUUUGCUUUCUUCUCCGUCCACAAGUAGUAGACAUCACAUGGCAGCCCCUCGUCCUCCCCCACCUCCCCCACCAUUGCAUACAAUGUCAUCUCAUGUAUCGGCACCACCUGUACCCCCAUUACAUUUGGCAGCCCCUCGUCCUCCCCCACCUCCCCCGCCAUUGCGUAGCAUAUCAUCUCAUGUAUCAGCACCACCUGUACCCCCAUUACCUCCUCCUAAGCUAGCUGGGGACAACAAUGCUUCACAGAAGGCAUCAAUAACCCGUCCACCACCUCCUCCACCAGGCCCACCUCCUAAGAAUUCCUCAAACUCUUUGUCAAGCAAGGGAAGUGCUGCCAGUUCUGGCCCUCCCCCACCCCCUACAUCAUCAUUUGGUGCAAAGGGCCGCAGCACAGUUCGGUCGAGAAGUCCUAGAAGUUUGCGUGCCAACCAGUCAACUAAGAGAACACCACUGAAGCCAUUGCACUGGGUAAAGGUGUCAAGAGCAACACAAGGAAGCUUAUGGGCAGAGACACAGAAGUCUGAUGAAGCAUCUAGGACCCCAGAGAUUGAUCUGACUGAGCUUGAAAGUCUUUUCUCAGUAUCAAUGCCAAACACGGAUACAAAACGGACACGUGAACGUCCUUCUGUUGCAGUGAAACAAGAAAAAGUUCAUUUGAUUGAACUUCAGCGCUCAAAGAAUUGCGAAAUUAUGCUCAGAAACAUUAAGAUGCCACUCCCUGAUCUUAUGGGUUCAGUGCUUACUCUCGAUGAUUCCAUCAUCGAUGGUGAUCAAGUAGAUUAUCUGAUAAAGUUCUGCCCAACUAAGGAAGAAAUGGAACUACUCAAAGGUUACACAGGCAGCACAGAGAAUCUUGGGAAAUGUGAACAGUUCUUCUUGGAAAUGAUGAAAGUGCCAAGGGUGGAGUCGAAACUGAGAAUCUUAUCCUUUAAGAUAAAGUUUCUUACACAGGUUGCAGAUCUGAAAAAUAGCUUGAAUACCAUCAAUGAAGUAGCUGAAGAGGUUAGGAACUCUGUCAAGCUUAAGCGAGUGAUGCAAACAAUUCUUUCUUUGGGAAAUGCAUUAAAUCAAGGAACUGCAAGGGGUUCAGCUGUUGGAUUUAGACUAGAUAGUCUUCUUAAGCUCAUUGAUAUACGGGCACGUAAUAAUAAGAUGACUCUCAUGCAUUAUUUAUGCAAGGUUCUUUCUGGGAAGCUUCCAGAAGUUCUUGAUUUUGUUAAGGAUCUCACACAUUUAGAACCUGCCUCAAAGAUCCAAUUGAAAGAGUUGGCGGAAGAAAUGCAAGCAAUCACCAAGGGACUGGAAAAGGUUGAGGAGGAAUUGGCAACCUCUGAAAAAGAUGGUCCAGUGUCGGAGACGUUUUACAAGAAAUUGAAGGAAUUUCUUGCCGAUGCCCAAGCUGAAGGGAGGUCAUUAGCUUUUCUUUACAGUACAGCGGGGAAAAGUGCGGAUUCUCUAGCACAUUAUUUUGGUGAAGAUCCUGUGCGGUGUCCAUUUGAACAAGUUGUCUCUACUCUGCUAAGCUUUGUGAAAACGUUUGAGCGGGCUCAUGCGGAGAACCUUAGGCAGAUGGAGCUGGAGAAGAAGAGAGCAGAAAUGGAAGUGGAAAGAGAAAAGGUGAAGGUUGCUGGUCACAAAAAGGCAGGGUUGCUGGAACCAGAAAUUUCUGACCGAUGACUCCGCCAUCAUGGCCUCAGCUUCAUGACCAUGAACAAAGCGGCUGAAAGUUUUGCGACACUUUUCUCUAACCAUGUGAAUUACGAAGAAAGAUGCUCAGUAUAGACAAAAGGAAGUCACAGGUCUACGAUCUGAUAGUUUUGAUAUGACCACAGAUUUAGCACAUAGCCUUGUAGGUACUAGUUCUCCGUGUCCGUAGGAAAGUACAGUUCUUGGAUGCUUUGGCCUUUGGGGGAGUCGUCCUUUGGCAUGAACAAAUUUUGUAAAUGUUCUCAUUCCUGUAAAAAAAAGUGUGUAUCCAUGCUGUUGUAAGUUAUUUUUCGAGGAAGCAUGCUGUUGUAAGUACCGGGUAGAAAGUUACAAAACAGCAAUUUGGACUCCAAGGAGCUGUGUGGAGGCAGAAUGUGCCAGCCUGCCAGGAGCUCCCGGUGCUCUCAACUCACAAAAACUUGUACGGAGUAUAAAAGUUCUGAGAAAUUUUCAACAAGUUGAGACA